AUGCCUUCGUUCAAUGGAAAAUUCGAAGAAUGGCUUUCUUUUAAGAACGCGUUUAUUAAUUUAAUCGGGUUGCAAUCCGAUUUAUCGGAUCUAGACAAACUUCACUACUUGACGACCGCAUUGAAAGGCGAGGCGGCCAAUAAAAUCAAGAUUUUUGCGAACGAUAAAAUAGACUAUGCUACUGCAUGGAAUUUUCUAGAACGAUCAUAUGAGGUAAAGCGCAUAUUAAUAGUACGGCAUCUCGCGUCUAUAGUCAACCUUCCGGUGUUAGACAAAGAGAAUACGAGCGGUUUAAUGAAACUCGCGGAUGAUGCUCAACAGCAUCUUGCAGCGUUAAAGUCUUUAGGGGUCACAGUCGGUUCUGAAAUGGUAGUAUAUCUUUUAGAGAGUAAAUUGCCGAGACACACGAUGGACAAGUGGGAAGCGUUAAUUGAGAAAGAUGAAUUUCCCACACUCGAGCAAAUGUGUGAUUUUUUAUAUAGGACCGCGGUUUGCGCGUCGAGACGCGAGAAACCGAGAUUAUGCGAAUCCGAACGAAACAAGGAUACACCCCCGGCGAAAAAGGCACGAGUAUCUCCCUCGAAUCGGGCGUUCGUAGUAAACGCGUCGCGUAACUGCAUCGUAUGCAAGGAUAAGAAACAUCCACUUUAUCUUUGUCAUAAAUUUAAGCAAAUGUCUGUGCCGGAUCGCAUCGAGACGACGCGACUCGGCUGGAUAGUCGCUGGAAAUCCGUCCGCGCUGAACUCUUCGAAAUUCCCGACAUGUCACUUAACGAGCUUAGAACGGCAAUUAACCAAAUUUUGGGAAAUCGAGGAGAUAACGACGGACAAACCGAUGUCGGAACAAGACGCGCGAUGCGAAGCGUAUUUUUCAGAGACCGUAUCUCGCGAUAACAACGGGCGUUACGUGGUACGAUUGCCAUUUCGCAAGGAUAACGUGCGUCUGGGCGAUUCACGGGCCCUUGCUCUUAAACGAUUGUUAUCCGUAGAACGAAGAUUCAAUAUAAAUGAAUCAUUUAAAACUGGAUAUGUUCGAGCGAUCGAGGAAUAUAUGGCGCUAGGAUACAUAUCUCGAGUAGAAAAUCCCGGCAGCGACGGCUAUUACAUGCCUCACCACGCGGUGGUAAAGGAAACCAGUACUACCACUAAAAUUAGAAUCAUGUUCGACGCAUCCGCAAAAACCAGCGAAGGAAUAUCAUUGAAUUCCUUGCUGAUAACAGGGCCUACUAUUCAAGACAAGCUAUUCAGAAUACUAUGGCGUGUAAACGAAGAGAUCGAGACCUUUCAAUUUAAUACUCUCGCUUUCGGUGUCGCCUCAUCCUCAUUCUUAGCAAUACGCGCAAUUCACCAAUUAGCAGAUGACGAACAUCAUGUCUAUCCUCGAGCUGCGGCAAUUCUCAAGCGGCAUUUAUACGUAGACGAUCUGUUGACAGGCGCGGACACUAUCGAACAAGCGCGAAUGAUUAAAGAUGAAGUGAUCGUGCUAUUGAACCGCGGCGGAUUCGUCAUAAGACAGUGGGCGUCUAACGACGAACGAGUCGUUAAUGAUCUGACUACUAAUGCACUGCACGCGAAUUUCAUAUUGAAUAUCGAUCGUUCCUUAAAAACGUUAGGAAUAACGUGGAAAGCGCGCGAGGACAAGAUAUGCUAUUCGGCACACUCCAUUGAAAUACCGGGAAGACUAACGAAACGGAACAUUCUAUCGAAAAUCGCGAAAAUAUUUGACCCAAUGGGCUUGCUGGGCCCCGUGGUCUUAUACGCGAAGAAACUAAUGCAGGACAUGUGGAAAUGUAAGCUUCAGUGGGACGAAUCCGUCCCGCAGGAUUUACAUACCGCAUGGACGGAAUUCGCUCAACAGCUGGCGUCGAUAAAUCAAGUUUCCGUCGAUCGCAGGUUAUUCGCGGAGGGUUACCGUGAUAUUCAGAUACACGGAUUUUGCGAUGCCAGCAAUGUCGGUUACGGGGCCUGUCUUUACGCACGAUCGACAGGGGAAAGCGGAGAAACGACGAUUAAAUUAAUUUGUGCAAAAUCGCGAGUAGCACCGUUAAAAACUAUAACGAUCCCUCGACUAGAGCUGAGUGGCGCAUUGUUACUCGCGCGAUUGUAUAUCGAAGCGAGUGGUGCGCUGAGCAUCAUACCUAGUAGAGUCAUAUUUUGGUGUGAUUCAACAAUCGUAUUACACUGGUUGAAAACGUCACCUCACUUAUUAAAACCCUACGUAGCAAAUCGAGUCGCGGAAAUCCAAGAAAUUACCGGUCCGUGCGAAUGGCGGCACGUAGGAUCGCAAGACAAUCCCGCCGACGCAAUCUCUAGAGGGCAAUUACCUCACUGCUUUUUGCAAAAUAAAAUGUGGUUUGAAGGACCUUCGUGGUUGAAUCGAGAAGAAGGAGAAUGGCCGUAUUUAGUGACGCAAUCCAUAGAGGUACCUGAGUUAAAGCGAAGCGCAUGUAUGAUAAUUAAGCACAAUGAUUUUGAAAUAUUACUGAAAUACGCGUCAUACUCUAAAUUGCUUCGCGUCAUAGCUUACUGUUGUCGAUGGCGGCCCGGUAAUAGACACAUUGGCACACUAAAGACAACAGAAUUAAACGAGGCUGAGACGCGAGUUUUGAGGCUUCUCCAAUCCACGCAAUUUUCAAACGAAAUUAAACUGCUUAGAGAAAAUAAGCAAUUGCCAAGCAACAGCAAAAUUGUCAAUUUGAAUCCUUUUUUAGAUAAUGACGGGCUAAUCCGAGUAGGAGGGCGGUUACGAUUGUCACAUUUAACAUUCCCACAAAAACAUCCAGUUUUAUUGCCUAGUCGACAUAAUUUAGUUGAUAGCAUUAUUCGAGAAAUCCACACGAGACAACAUCAUACGGGAAUUCAGACUACGCUAUAUAACCUUAGACAAAAAUUCUGGCUGCUUGACGGUAAAAACCAAGUGCGAAAGGUCGUGCGGGCAUGCACGCGUUGCUUCCGUUUCAGUGCUAGUACAACCGAAUAUAAAAUGGGAAAUCUCCCCACGGUGCGCGUGCGUGGGGCAACACCUUUCGCGAACACGGGCAUAGAUUUCUGCGGUCCUUUCUUCAUUAAGGAAAGGAAACAUCGCAAUAGAACGAAACUUAAGGUAUACGUGUGCGUAUUUAUAUGCAUGACAAUUAAAGCUGUUCAUCUCGAGCUCGUGAGCGAUUUGUCCUCCGAUGGAUUUCUCGCGGCAUUAAGAAGAUUUAUAGCAAGACGAGGGAUGCCGGAACAUCUUUAUUCCGAUAAUGGAACCAAUUUCGUCGGAGCUAACAAUCAAUUGAAAGAAAUGUACGCGCUUUUUAAUUCCGAACCUCAUCAAAUUCUCGUAAAUCAGUUCGCAAGCCAGCAUCGUAUAGUUUGGCAUUUUAUACCGCCCGCCGCGCCACAUUUUGGCGGAUUGUGGGAGUCGACGGUGAAGCUCUUCAAGCAUCACGUCAAACGCGUUGUAGGGGACUCUUUGUUCACCUUUGAAGAGUUAAAUACAUUUAUAACCGAAGUCGAGGGCAUUCUCAACUCUAGGCCAAUUACGACACUUUCUUCUGAUCCGAAUGACCUUUCGGCAUUGACGCCGGCUCACUAUCUUCUCGGCAAGCCAUUAACAGCACUUCCAGAGGGUAACGUUAGCUCUAUUCCAGUAAAUCGAUUGUCUGCAUGGCAACACAUUGCAAAGGUCCGACAAGAUUUUUGGGCCCGUUGGCAUCUGGAAUAUCUUAACGAGCUUCAAAAACGCAGUAAAUGGUUCAAAGACGGACCAAAACUUGAGGCCGGAACAAUUGUACUUAUAAAAAAUAAAGGACUGCCGUGCACACAAUGGGCGCUAGGCAAAAUCACAGCCUUGCAUCCUGGUGACGAUGGAGUCGCACGGGUCGCCACCAUAAAAACGGCAAAUGGAGAAUUAAAACGCUCCACUAGACUGCUCUGUCCAUUGCCAGUCGAAUAA